AUGGAGACGCAAGCAGGCCGACCGGAGCCAUCCGGUUUCCGCAACAAACGUCCACGAAAAGCCGCCCAGUGGCUGAACCCUCUGCUGCGCUUCCUGCAGCUAGCAGCUGCUGUUUCCGCCUUCCCUGUGAUGAUCCGCGCAGGGGCAGGGCUGCUGUGGUUCUCCAACUGGCACGCCUUCUCGUUUCUUAUAGCAGGGACGGUUAUAGCGGGAUUCUGGGCGCUGCUGAUGCUGCUUCUGGACUGCUUCUUGGCAGCUUCUGGGAAGCUGCUUCACUCAACGGCUCUGCUCUGGGCCAUUGUGAUUGGUGACUUUAUUGCUCUCUCUAUGGCUUUAAGUGCUGGAGCUGCCACGGCUGCCUUGACCAUGCUCAACGACCAGGGCCUGCCAGGCCGUUCCUUCAUCUGCACGGGUGCCGGUGCUGCCACGGCUGCCAUCACAACCCUCAACGAUCAGGGCCUGCCCGGCCUUCCCUUCAUCUGCACGGGGUCAACGCCCUUCCACACCUUCUGCGCCCGCACCAAGGCAUUCCCACUCCAUGCCAUGUCCCCCUCCCCCUCACAGAUUGCACUAUCCAUGGCCCUCAGUGCCGGUGCUGCCACGGCUGCCAUCACAACACUCAACGACCAGGGUCUGCCCGGCCGUCCCUUCAUCUGCACGGGGUCAACACCCUUCAACACCUUCUGUGCUCGCACCAAAGCUGCUGCGGCCAUGGCUCUCAUCUCUGCAGCCUUUUUCCUGCCCUCGCUGCUACUCAGUGGUGCCAGACUAGCUUCCGAGUACUAUGAAGAAGAUGAUUAG